AUGGCGACCUUUGAUGCUCGGGAUUACUUGCAGCAGCUGCCGUCGCAUGGCUGUCACCUCCUGGUGACCUUCGAGGCCAAGGACCUGCAGUCGGAGAUCACCAUGUCCAAUGCAUCGCUGUGGCGAAGAAUCCCUGAUCUUGAUGUGGAGCAGGGCCACUUUCAGCAUCAAGGCUUCGAAGGAAGCUUGCGGCUCUUCUUGGAGCGUGUGCGCUUGGAGAUUUUGGAGGCCAAGCAUCGAUACCCCGAACACACCUGGAAGAGCUUCGAUGAUUUCCUCAUCAGCUUGGAACAGGAGUCCCUGAAACAGGUCCUAUCGGGUGAUUCUGGAAUGCUGACCCUGGAAAUCCGAGACCCUUCCGGCCUAAGCCACGUGGAUGCAGCACUUGAACCAAAGCAGACCACUUUCGAGCGCAGCGUUCGGGAUGAUUGGGCCUUGGGAGUGCUUUACCCCCGCCCCACCAUUCAGGGCCACACCGCGGCGUCAGUGGCACGUUGGAUCCGCAAAUCCUCGCGCAUCGUGGCGCUCACGGGUGCUGGCAUCUCAGUGGAGUCAGGCAUCACGCCGUUUCGAAGCUCCGACAAGAAAGGUGAAGCGCUGUGGGCUGAGUUCGACCCCACGCGUAUGACGCUGGGACUCUUCAAUCGCGAUCCCACGGUGCAGGCCGAGUGGUGGCAGUUGGAGCGGAAGUUGAUGGGGGAACUGUCGAAGGCAGAGCCGAAUGCAGCGCAUCAAUUCUUUGGAAUGCUGGAGCAGCAAGGGAAGCUCCAUGGGGUCAUCACUCAGAACAUUGACUCCUUGCAUCAGAAGGGAGGCGUUCCAGACAGCAAGAUGAACGAACUGCAUGGCCACCUGCGCCGGGUGAUUUGCGCUAACCAACGCAGCCGUCUCAACCCGCAGCCCUGCGGUGAUGGCGCUUGCGACUUCGAACCGAUCCGCUUCGAGGACGUGGAACCGACGAUCUUGCUGCCCACGUGUCCCAAGUGCUCGGCGCCGUUGCGCAGUGAAACGGUGAUGUUCGAGCAGUCGAUGCCCGAGGGCGCGGUGGAGAGCCUUGGGCGCGCUUCGGGAACCUUGGGAAGGAGCGCUCGUGCAGCGGUCCGUGAGGCUGAUUUGCUGAUCGUGGUCGGAAGCACCUUGCGCGUGGCGCCUGCCAACGAGCUGCCAGCGGAGGCCUUGCGCCGUGGGACACCAGUGAUUUUGGUGAACUUCGAUGAGACACGUGACUUGGCGGAGACCGUGGGUUCUUACCAUUCCUAA